AUGCUGGCUCUAGGAUCGAUCAGUUUAGCUAACGCAUCAUUAACUUUUGAUGUUGAUACCGAAAAGAAAGGGCAAUUCCAGAUACGAUCGGACGGUCGAAUAUACGUUUUAGAAGCACCUAGCCAGGAAGCAAUGAUGUUUUGGCUACAACAAUUACAAACCAAGCGGCAUGAGUACAACGCAAAAUUAGCGAAUAUGACUGACUUAUCUCUAACGAAACCGGCUACUGGUCUUCUAGGAGAAGAACCACUAUCAAGUGAAGACCAAUCUGCUACAAACCAAUCAGCUGCAUCUGAUAUACUUCCACAUAUACGGCCACCAGAAUGCGUCGGGGAACAAACCGCUGACAAAGUAUCAACUUCUGGCAUAUCAAACUGGUCUAUAGCAAAUAUUACGACAGAAAUCAGGAAUCAUUUAUCACAUGGCCGUGGAGAUGGUAAUUUGAUACGACGUAAACAAUCAAUUGGUGAUCGUUUCUCAUCACCUGGUAUAUCACCAAAUGCAAGCCCUUUGAUUACUGAAAAAUCUCCAUCAAACCACAGAAAAUCCUCGCCUGAAGAAUUUCCCGGAAAGGAUUGCUCUGAAGUAGCCACUGAAGAGAAGUCAUCAAACCCUCAUCGUAGACGAUCACAGUCCAAACACGCGGCGAAUAAUCAACCUCAAGAAGAUCCUACUAAGUCUUUAAAUAAUCAAUUACGUCAGGCCACUUCCCCCACACAUUCGACGAAGGAAGAAAUAGAUUCUAAUGAAAAUGAACAGUUUGUGUCGGGUAACUCAGAUGAAAAGCAACUGUUGCGACUUUUUGAAAAUCAACAGCGCAUAAAUGAACUUCAGUUAAAUGUCAAGAAAGCACGCGAAGAAAAAGAAGAUUCAGAAUUUAAAUUAAGAGUUACCGAGGCAGAGAUGAAAAGUUUAAAUGAUGAAAUCAGUUUAGUUAAAGAAGUUCUGGAAGCUAAAGACCAAGUUGUAGUAUCACUAACGGAAAAGCUGCAUCAAUAUGAGAAUGCACCGCUAGUACUAACGGGCGAUGGAGCACACCCACAACCUAUCGUUGAAAACAACUAUUUCCUAUGGAGGGAAAAGUGCGCUGCGUUUGAAAUUCAAAAUAAGUUUUUAAAUAGCGAAAUAAUUGGACUAAAUGAAAUUCAAAUUGCUCGCGAAAAACGAACUAAACAAUUAGAGAGUAAGCUAGCCGCACUUACAGCAAGACAUUGUCAAAUUCAAAGAAAAUAUAUGAUGUUUCUUAAAAAUCUGAGCGUUUCUAAUGAAGAGUCUAAGCAGCUAGUAGAUCAAUUAAUCAAGGAAGCUGCGGAAUCUGACAGUCCUAGUAACAAUAGCCUUGAAAAGCAAUAUGAUAUGUUUGGAUUUCUUAAGAAUGUUGAUGAUGAUAACGCCUUAGAAAAAUAUACCUCACAAUUAAGUUAUUAUCAGCAGACAAUGGAGAAUGAAGUUAGUGGUGUUGAUGUUGCAAUAGCGAAAAAAUGGGAAACAGUAAUGGUAUCACUAGGUGGCAAAUCUUUACCAUUAACGCCAGAAAUUAAAUCUCUCAUUCGAGCUGGUGUUCCUCAUGAAUUUCGCAGUAAAGUUUGGUCAAGUUGCGUUCAUCGUAGGGUUGCAAAAUUUCGAAAAUCAAUGGUAACAGAUUACUACUGGCGUUUGGUAAAUGCUGAUACCAACUCUUAUUCUCUAGCUAUUAAUCAAAUUGAAAUGGAUCUACUUCGGACCCUACCGAACAAUAAAUUCUACGAUAGCCGCAGCGCAGAAGGAAUAAUCAAGUUACGCCGAAUACUCUGCGCUUAUAGUAGACACAAUCCUGAUAUUGGUUACUGCCAGGGUAUGAAUCGACUAGCGGCUGUAGCCCUACUGUAUCUUUCAGAAGAAGAAGCAUUCUGGUGUCUGAUAGCAAUUAUCGAUUUUAUCAUGCCUACGGAGUACUACGCAAAUUCUAUGCUAGCUGCACAAGCUGAUCAGCGAGUUCUGCAAGAACUACUAACUGAAAAGUUACCAAGACUUGCUGCUCACUUUAAUCAACAUGGGAUUGAACUUACCUAUAUCACGCUUCAGUGGUUUCUAACGGUGUAUAUCGACAAUAUCCCGAUACAGACCGUAUUUCGAAUAUGGGAUUGUUUCCUCUAUGAAGGCGACAAGAUCUUAUUUCGAUUCGCUGUCGCGAUUUUCAAAAUAUUUGAAGAACAUUUCUUACAUUUAGACAGUUCAACAGAAAUUUUAACUGCAUCAAGUGAGAUGUCCAGUAAAUUAUGGGAUGUGAAUAAGCUGAUGCAUGCUGCCUUCUUCGAAAUCAAUCCGUUUCCUAUGAAUGCUAUUACCAAUAAGCGUGUAAAACACAUAGCUAAACUAAAGGUUGAACUUAUGGAAUUAGAGAAAGGGCGCAUCGAAAGAGUCGACUCACGCACCGCAAAACGUCCUGUAGAUCAAUACCUAAGCGAUGAAGAAUCAUAA